GUUAUGCACAAUAAGGCUCCAUUAUGGAAUGAAAACAGUCAAGUAUAUCAAUUAGAUUUUGGUGGUAGAGUUACUCAAGAAUCUGCUAAGAAUUUUCAGAUUGAAUUCCGUAACAAGCAGGUAUAUAAGCUUUAUCCUAGUUUUACUGGUGUUAUGCAGUUUGGAAGAAUAGAUAGCAACGCCUACACAUUGGACUUCCAGUAUCCAUUUUCAGCAAUCCAAGCUUUUGCUGUAGCUCUAGCUAAUGUUACUCAAAGACUCAAAUAG